AUGCAACGAUUGCUGCCAAAGUUUGCGUUGAUUUCUCGACAAUGUUCGGUGAUGAAGAUAUCGAAGCCUCACGCGGCAAACGAGAGCCAGAAAUGCCUGGAUCUUAACGCUUCCGGUAUUAUCUGUGAGUAGGUGGCCUGUUUUACUUGGCCCACCCUGUAUACUAAUUCCUUAACUAAUUUAUCAUCGAACAAAAUUUCAGCUGCAUCAAUGGCUCCGUCUCAAGCAGCCUCGGUUAUGAAUGAGCCCCUAACUCGAGCAGAUUCGCUUCCCUUGUUGGACCAAGCGGCUACGGAAGUUUCACCAACCACGUUCGAAGUGUCCACGCCGAAAAUCGAAUCACAAAUUAUUGGUGACAUAACGCCAUUGCCCUUCGAAGAUAUCCCUGGACCAGUGAUACUAAAGAUCUGGGAGAAGUAUUGGAAAUACGUGCCGCUCCUCGGUACGCAACUGUUUUCCAGUCUGCUAAUCAACAGAUUCACCCAGGGACGACUGUCGUGGAACCGUAACGUCACUCCUCUCAAGUAUUUAUUCAACGAGUAUGGCUGUAUCGUGAGGAUCAACGGGCCUCUUUCUGGAGACAUUGUCAUGAUUCACAGACCUGAACACAUUGCGGAGGUCUUUAGACAGGAAGGUGAUAAGCCAAUUCGAAGUGGAAUUGACAUCUUGCAGCACUAUCGAUUGAACCAUCGCAAAUAUCGUCUCGCUGGUCCAUUCUCUUUGCAGGGUUCAGACUGGCUGGAAAUGAGGGAAAAGGUGGAACAAGAUUUCAAUGACAUUGCCUCGCGCUUCUUUGGCAAAGUUGACGCUAUUUGCGACGAUCUUAUCACUAGGAUAUAUAAAAUACGCAAUAGACAGAACGAAGUACCUGCUAGUUUUCACGAAGACAUAAUUCGUUGGGCCAUGGAGUGCUUCUGUAACCUGACGUUUAACAAACAUCUCGGUUUUCUGGAGUCACCUGGUUACAAUUCGGCUUCUGAACCAUCAAGAAUCAUCAGCUCCUUAAUGACAGCUCAUAAGUACAUGAGUCGCUGCGAAACUGGCUUCCAAGUGUGGCGAUUCUUCUUGACUCCAUUCGCUAGAAAGCUCUUCGAAGCUUGUGACGUGCUUGAUGGCGUCAUAGGAAGAUACGUUCGUCAGGCUCAAACUAAACUCAGAGCUCGUAGUUCUUCUCACGGAGAAACAGCUAACGACAGUUCACCUGUCUUGGAGAAAUUUUUGCUAAAUGAAAGUAUUCAUCCGGAUGAUAUUUGCACACUGCUGAUGGACAUGAUGAUUUUGGGUGUUCAGGCAACUGCGAACUCCGAAUCGUUCCUCUUAUACUAUUUGGCAAGAAAUCCACGAACUCAAAGGACUCUGUAUGAUGAGAUUGCUUCCGUUUUGCCGCACAAAGAUUCCACAUUCACGGAGGAUAUAUUGAAAAGUAUGCCUUAUUUGAAAGCUUGUCUGCAGGAGAGUUUAAGGUUGCGUCCUACGUUUCCGUAUAUUACGAGACUGCUUCCGAAAACUAUAUCGCUUCAUGGAUACACGAUACCCAAAGGAACGUUCGUCAUAAUGGCCAAUCAAAUUACAUCGCAACGCGAGGAGAACUUUGAAGAUCCGACAAAAUUCAAACCAGAGAGAUGGUUGACAAGUUCUACGAAGGAAGAUACAGAUUUCAGCUACCUGCCCUUUGGUUAUGGUAUCAGAUCAUGCUUGGGAAAACAUAUGGCUGAAACAAAAAUGAUGUUACUGACUGCAAAGCUAAUUAGACAAUUUAGAAUCGAGUACGAUUACGCUGAUAUCAAGAGUAAUUUUAUGAUGGUGAAUGUACCGAACAAACCACUUCGUUUCCGUUUCAUCGAUAGGAAUUAA